ACACCAAUAUAUGAGUGAGGCACAUUAAAUUUGAACUAAUCCAUAAAACAUAUCAUAUAUAUUCAUAUAAAUAUAUAAGAGUGUUGGUGGAGGUGUGAUAAGAGAGAUAUAUCUUGAGAACAAAAAUGGGGAAAGGAAGAGCACCAUGCUGUGAUAAGUCUCAAGUGAAGAAGGGACCUUGGAGUCCUGCUGAGGAUCUUAAGCUUAUAGCUUUCAUUCAGAAACAUGGCCAUGAAAACUGGCGUGCCCUUCCCAAACAAGCAGGGCUCAUGCGAUGUGGGAAAAGUUGCCGUUUGAGAUGGAUCAAUUAUUUGAGGCCAGAUGUUAAGAGAGGCAAUUUUACAGCAGAGGAAGAGGAAACCAUAAUAAAGCUUCAUAAAGCCAUGGGGAACAAAUGGUCUAAGAUUGCAUCCCGUUUGCCCGGUCGAACAGACAACGAGAUAAAAAAUGUGUGGAACACCCACUUGAAGAAGAGAUUAACUGCUGCAAAAUCUUCAGAUUCAAGGGCAGAUAAUGCAAAUGAUGGAUCUAAGAUUGAAUCAUCAGUGACUUCACCCUCUUCAUCUUCAUCUGAAUCAUUUUUCUCAAAUGAAACACCAAAAACUAACAACAACAAUCCUUGCAAUGAAACCAAUGACCAUAUUUCCCAAACUGAUGAUGAUGAUCAAGAUUCAGGUAGAAAGUUAUUACAAGAAGUAGUUGGUAUCACUGAAGAGACAAAAGGGUCAUCAAAUUCAUCAUCAUCAACAUCAUUAUCAUCUUGUGUUGAAAACAAGAAGCAUGAUGAAGAUCAACAACAAUUGGUGUCUCCAACAUUAUUGAACUGUGUUGGACCCUAUGAUAUUGAUGUUACAUUGGAAGAGGUUGAUAAGCCAAACAACAAUAAUUUGGAGACAAAAGAAGAUUGUGAUUUUUGGAAGAUGUUAGAUAAUAUUGAAUCAUUUCUAUCAUCAAAUGAGGCAUCUCCUCCUCCUCCUCCUCCUCAUCAAAGCCAAACAUCACCAACAAAUCUUGUUCAUCAAGAUGAUGAUGAAGCCAUGAUGAUGAUGAUGUGGUCCCAUGAAUUUGAGAAUGAGCUUGGAGGAGUGGUAGGUGAAGCAACAACAAAAGGGUCAAACAACAAGGCUCAACAAGAAAUAAUAAUGGACCCAUCAAAUGAUGUAUUUGAUUUAGAUCUUGUGACAAGGCCACCAGAACCCGAUCAAUUAGAAUCAGAAUUAGACUUGGGAUAUAUUCAAUUGUGGCCCUCUUUGCCACCAAAUACUAUUCUCUAAGAUUAGUAUACAAUGAAAAUUCCUAGCUAUUUUGAAAGAAAAAAAAAAGAAAAAAAAAACAAGUUCAUCUAUAUGAAUCACAAAUUUGUGAUUUACUUAUCAGUAGGUACUCUGACUAUGGGAAAUUAAUCCAAAUUUAGCUUUAUUCGAUGUAGAUUUUUUUAGUAGAGUUGAGUUAUGUGUACAUAUUAUAAUGUUAAAUACUACAUAUCAACUCAUACCUUAUUUAUUAUGGAUUAGAGGUGGAUCUAAUUUAAGUAGGAAUCACAUCUUUAU